GUUCAAGGUUCCCAACAAACGAUGUUGAAAAUUUAUCAUUUAUACCCUAUAUACAAAGAUGAAUGUUGGAGAAUGUAUAUUUCUGUUAUCCAUUUCACAUGUGUGUUCAUUACAGCUUCAUACUUCAGUACCUAUUAUUACAAGUGAUCUAGUUCAAAUUGAAGUUUCAUCGUUUUCAUCGAAUCAUGAAAGACAUAAGCGACAUACUGACCUGCCUGACAGGUUGCAGAUCACAAUACGGCAUGAUCAUUUUCACCAAUCAUUUGAAGUAGAAAAACAUGAAAAUACAGAUCAAAACCUUCCACUGUACACCAAUGGACAUCUUUACAACAACUACAGUAAACCAAAGGUACUGAACCAGUUUUAUCAAUGCGUUACCAAAGAUUGUCUAUUUCAAGCAGAGAAGUUAAUACGAUUUAACAGCACAGCUGUGAUUGAAACCUAUUUGCUGUUCGGCACAUUCCAUAUAGAUGGACAGCUACACAUUCUUCAGUCAUCUUCAAAUGGAGAUCAUUCAAUCAUUAUACCGGACGUUCAGGUUUUUGAUUGGAAUAUACUGUUUUCUGGUAAGUUUAACAAAUUAUAA